AGGGUGCUGCAGAAUGUUGCACAGGGUUUGGGAGACACUGGCCAGGGCCCAGCACAGUGCGAACCGAUUUCUUCUAACACCUUCGGGUCACAUCUGUCGUUAGCCCAACACUCUGAGCCCCACGUUGGGCACCAAGAAAAGCACUGUCCUGCUUUAGCCCCAGCCGGCAACAAAGGACGCGGCCGCUUGCUGUGCUCCGUGUGCCGGGAGCAGGAGCAGAGACUUCCCGUGGCCAGGGCUGGAGCCCUGCGGUCGCACGGCCUGAGCAGCACCUUUCGGCCAACAGUGCCACCCUCGACGGCUGCCCCGGGGGACCUGGCCCUGGGCUCUGUGCUUGCUGCAGGAGCACCCGCCCCGGCUAUGGAGGUGCCGAGGGCUCGGGCCCCCGCCUCGGCACUUCACACCCACCCCUGGGAGGCGGUGGCCCUCUCAGAGGAGGUGGCAGCACCCGAGGGCGUCCCUGCCCGCUGCAACCGCAGCUUCCACCUUCCCUGUGCCGUGGAGGGUGGAUGCAUCACCCAGUUCUUCGGGUGCUACAGGUCCUUCUGCUGGGAGCACCGCCCAGAGCAGGCAGUGGAGGCAGCACUGGAGGACAACACCACCUGCCUCAUCUGCCUGGAGCUGCUGGUGGGGGACAGAAGGUCCUACGGCACCCUGGUGUGCCCAGCGUGCAAGCACGCCUGGUUCCACAGGGUCUGCAUCCAGGGACAGGCUAUGCGCGCUGGCAUUUUUUUCCGGUGCCCCCUCUGCAGAGAUGGGCAUCUCUUCCUCGCUGAGAUGCUCACCAUGGGGAUCCGAGUCCCCUUGAGAUUGCCAUCGUGGGAGAACAACCAGGCAUACAGAGCACAGAGCGAGCAGCACAGGCGCUGCGACGCCAGUGACUGCCUCUGUCCAGGAGGCCGGGAGCAGGCAGAGGAAGAGGGGCCCUGGCAACUUCUCCUGUGCAGCUCCUGUGCUGCCGAAGGCACCCACAAACGCUGCUCCUUCUUGAAGCACAGCACAACUAUCUGGGAGUGCGACAGCUGUGCUGGCCGGGGCACCGUGACCCAGGAGAAGUGUGAUUUCAAAUGGGGCCCUGAGCAACAAGAAUCCUUUGAACACACGAAACGGGAGACGGUUCACGCAGUAGCCCUUGGGCCAGCCCGGGCAGGACAAGAUGUUCCAAAUGUGCUCUGCACCGCAGCCGGGGAGAAAGGCCCUGCCUGGAGUCUCUGGCAGAAAGCACCAGGGGAGACUCGAGGUCGACCCCUGGGGUUUUGGAGCUGGGGAUACCGAGGAUCCGAGGCUUCCUAUACUCCGACUGAAAAAGAGAUAUUGGCAGCAUGUGAAGGAGUUUGA